GGAAUUAAAGUACAGGAGACAACACGAACUCCACUAGAUUAAUUAGCCCCUAAAAAUAGGAGAAAACCCGGGACAAAAACAACAAAUCCAAAAGGCAAAUUGCAAACACCAACAAUUAGCAGGCCAAAGGCAACACGGAGAAGAAAGAGGAAGAGAAAUAGAGAGCAAGAAAGGUGGGAGACGCCACGGCGAGGAGAGGGAGAGAGGGGAGAAGGAAGCAAACAAAGGAGGGGGAGGAGCAGCGCGGCCAUGUGUAUGCCAUGGGCGUGCGCUGCGUGGACGUCGUGACACCUGCUGCCGCCCUCGCGCCCGCACCGCCAUGCCCAUGCCGCCGCAAUGCGCGUCCUCAAAACCUCCUCCUCCUCUUCCUCAUGCUGCCGCCCACGAGGUAGGGGACGACAUGGCGGAGGCGCCGGCGCCGCCCAAGCUUCUCUACAUUGCCGUCUCCGACGCCGCCGGCCGCCGGGCGUUCCGGUACACGCGCCCCGUGCUGCAGGGCACCCUGCAACUCAUGGGAUGCAAGGCGCGCCAUGCCUUCAAGAUUAGCAAGAGAGUAUUCAAUGUGAUGAGGAGUGAAUUCUUGGAUGUGUCAAAAUCAGAUAGUGUAGAUAAAGAAGAAAAUGCCCCGUCCCAUGCAAUUGUAAAAGAUGUUGACACGCUGAGGCCCAAAAUUUUGGAAGCAACUAUUAGUAGCAUACCCUUUGAGUUAUACAAAACCCGAACAACCGUUGUUGUUUCAAGGGACAAGUUCCUAACUGUUGUAUGUGAUGCCCUCUCUUCAUACAAGUACGUGGGGCCAAACCAGAAGGCUGACUUGCUUCUUGCUUGCAGAAUUAAGGAGAAAAAGGAAUCAGUGACAAUACUCUUAUGUGGGACAAGUGGAUGCGGCAAGUCCACGUUAUCGUCUUUGUUGGGUAGUCGACUGGGUAUCACGACAGUUAUUUCUACUGAUUCCAUACGCCAUAUGAUGAGAGGCUUUACAGAUGAAAAGCAGAAUCCUCUUCUUUAUGCGUCAACAUAUCAUGCAGGCGAAUGCUUAGACCCUGUUGCAGUUGCUCAGGCAAAGGCAAAACGGAAGGCAAAGAAGCUCGACAUUGUUUCUCAUCCUAAUACCAAUGAAGGCAGAGACGGCAACACUUCAGAUGAUAAAACUCAUCAUGGAUCCUCUGAAUUGCCUCCUAGAACGGAGUUAAUCGGCAGCAAGCAAAUGGCAAUAGAAGGGUUCAAGGCGCAAAGUGAGAUGGUAAUAGACAGCCUGGACAGAUUAAUUACUUCCUGGGAGGAGCAGAAAGAGUCUGUAAUUGUUGAGGGAGUUCAUUUAAGCCUCAAUUUUGUGAUGGGGCUAAUGAAGAAACACCCUUCCAUAAUACCAUUUAUGGUAUACAUUGCAAAUGAGGAGAAGCACAUGGAGCGAUUUGCUGUUCGUGCAAAGUACAUGACACUAGACCCAGCAAAGAACAGAUAUAUCAAAUACAUCCGGAAUAUCAGAGCAAUCCAGGACUACCUUUGUAACCGUGCAGACAAGCGUCUGGUGCCCAAGAUUAACAAUACUAAUGUUGACCAGAGUGUGGCAGCCAUACAUGCCACAGUUUUCAGCUGCCUUCGCAGGCGAGAAGCUGGGGAGCAGUUGUAUGACCUCAACACAAACACUGUAGCUGUAGUGAACGAGGAAUACAGGAAUCAGCGUGCCGCUAACUCUUUGGGUUCCAAGGGAAUGUUUCAGUUGAUACAAAGGCAGGGCUCUUCAAGAAAUUUGAUGGCUCUCCUUAAUACUGACGGUAGUGUCACCAAAGCUUGGCAUGUGGAUAAAAGCAAUGGAAAUGGAUAUCUCGAUGGUACUACAAGCAGUGACAAAUCAACAAAAAAUUCCAUGUUUGAUACAUUUGGGAAGGCAGAGCCCGUCAAUCUCCAGUUCGGAUCUUUUGGGAUCAGUGCAUGGAUGAGUGACACAGGUGGCACCAGCCAUACAGGAAGUGUAGACGACUUGAGGGCUGAUGGCAUAGAGACAGGUGGUAGAUAUUAUUAUUCCUCAUGCUGCAGUUCGCCAAAGGUGUCAGAUUGCCCUUCCAAAGAGCUUAUGGAGGAUGAUUAUUCAGUUUUUGGUAGCGAAGAAGAUGCUGAUGAUCCUCCUGAUGCUGGAACUGACGAGGACCUAACUGAUGAAGAAAGAGAUGUUCAUGAGAUAGAAGCAGGCUCUGUUGAUGAACACUCCACCAAGUCGGAUGAGGAAUACGACGAUCUAGCAAUGCAGGAUGUUAUGGAGAAUGGUUACUGGUCCGACGACGAGCAGGCUGCAAGCAGCAGCAAGAACUCACCGGACCAGGAGAAAAUCCAUGGAGCAGCUGAUGGUGGUGGUGUUGAUGAUGAUGAUGGCAGGUACCACCACAAUCUGGCUUUCUUCCUGAAGAUGUCCAAUGAAGUAGCCGCCAAAGAACUGCCGUGUGCAUAGUGCCUCCACCGGUCAAGCAACUGUUCUUGAUGUGUUGUGUCCUGAUGUGCUCUGCAAUCGAGGAUCUGUGGUGCCUGUCUGAGAGCACAUAGAUCCCUUAGAAUCUGUGUAACCCAAGAACUCUCAAAGAUGAAAUAAUAAAAGGUGAAUAAUAGUAUGAUACAAAGUUGAAAAUUGCAUCCGGAAGUGAACCACCAGCAAGUUU